CAUCCGGAAUAUUUUUGAACGCACCACUUCCUUACCGGAAAUAAGACCAGCAGGUCGAGCGGCGGACGACAACAAAGUGGCUGUAAACAUUUUCAUCAGGAAAUAUUCAUAAAGGACAUUUAAGCGUCUUAAACAGACAACAUGUCAGACAACGAAGAUAACUUCGAUGAUGGGGAUUUUGACGACGCCGAGGAGGACGAGGGGCUGGACGACCUGGAAAACGUAGAAGAUGACGACCAGGAGAACGUGCAGAUCCUGCCGGCAGGAGAGGGCCAGCAGGCCAACCAGAAGAGGAUCACAACACCCUACAUGACCAAGUAUGAGAGGGCCAGGGUGCUGGGGACACGAGCCCUCCAGAUAGCGAUGUGUGCUCCGGUCAUGGUGGAGCUAGAGGGAGAGACAGACCCCCUGCAAAUUGCGAUGAAAGAACUCAAGAGCAGAAAGAUCCCCAUCAUCAUCCGGAGGUACCUUCCUGAUGGAAGUUAUGAGGACUGGGGCUGCGACGAGCUCAUCAUCACUGAUUAAACAAACUGUGUGAUCUCCAUGGACAAAAACAGCUCCUGGUUCAAUAAACCAGGCCUGUCAGCCCCACAAAUCCAGAACAAGACUGGUGUAACCAUCACCCAUCUGUUAAUGUCUGCAUUUGAUCCAUACCCUGCAGGAACUGACACUGGAAGUCCCAUAAAACUCACUGCAGGAUAUUUAAUCAAAUCCACGCAGCAUAUCACUCGUCAGCUACUACUCUGCUCUACUUUAUUCAACUCCUAGACUGAGUGUGCUGUUACAGUUGUACUACAGCUAGUUUCCACCAGGGGGAAAUGUAACGUAAGUCAGAUUCAGUUUGCUUUACAAUAUAACCUGUUGUAAUUAUUAUGAUGUUUAUUUUUUGAAGGAGGAAAGGUGAUUAGUGUGAAAGAACUGUUUUUCUGUUGUGAAUAAAACCUUUUGUAUAAAUG